CAACAUUACGGUCUUAUUGUCAAAAAAGUGAAACGAAAAUGGUGUUCGUUUGAUUGAUUUUACUAAAUUAAAUUCAUUUUAAUGUAAAAUGGACUCGUAUUACGUGUUAUCCGUGAGUUGAUGCAAGUGUUCAUGGAAUUAUACUAAUAUAUUCUAUUUGCCAGGGCCUUGUUUCAGGAUCAAUACUGAAUUUCAACAUAGCUAAUAUGCAGGUGGAUGAACCUCCAUUCCUGCCAGUGGGCACUGAUGUCAGUGCCAAAUACAAGGGUGCUUUCUGUGAAGCAAAAAUUAAGAAAGUGGCAAGAAGUAUAAAAUGCAAGGUCACACUCAAGGCUGGAGGCAACAUAACGGUGAAUGAUGAUGUCUUAAAAGGAACCCUGCGUGUUGGCAGCACAGUGGAGGUGAAGCAGGACCCUAAAAAAGAUGCCGUGGAGGCGGUCAUAACCAAGAUCCAGGAUUGCAGCCAGUACACUGUUGUGUUUGACGAUGGCGACAUCACGACCUUGCGGCGAUCAGCACUAUGCUUAAAGAGUGGGAGGCACUUCAACGAGAGUGAGACAUUGGACCAGUUGCCUCUCACACAUCCAGAACAUUUUUCUACGCCAGUCAUAGCGGGACGGCGCGGGAGGAGGGGAAGAGCUGCGUCAGACGAGAGCGAAGGGGAAGUGAGCACGCGGCGCAUGCCGGCGGACAGCGAGCCGCACGUGGGGCGCGUGGUGCUGGUGGAGGCGGCGGGGGGCGCGGAGCGGCGCCGCCCCCACCAGCCCGCCUUCCCCGCGCUCGUCGUCGCGCCCACGCCCGCCAUCAAGGUCAAGGAGGACUACCUGGUGCGCUCCUUCAAGGACGGCCGAUAUUACACAGUGCCAAAGAAGGAAGCGCGGGAGUUCCGCAAAGGCAGCGCGCCAAUAGAAUGGGGCGGCGUGGAGGCGGCGCUGCAGUUUCUAAACAACGGCACGCUGCCACCGCACUGGGACCGCGCGGCACUGUUCAAUGAGCCGCGCAACACCUCCGACGACAGCUCCGAUGACGAGCCUCGUGAAGAGAAAGACCACUUCGUGGCUCAACUGUACAAGUUUAUGGAUGAUCGUGGCACGCCGCUUAACAGGAACCCCACUAUUGCCAACAGGGAUAUUGAUCUCUACAGAUUGUUCAGAGUGGUGCAAAAACUGGGAGGCUAUAAUAGGGUGACUAAUCAGAAUCAAUGGAAGACUAUAGCUGACAAGAUGGGGUUCCAUCCAGUCACAACUAGCAUCACAAAUUUAUGCAAGCAGGCAUAUAAGAAAUUCCUGCACAGUUUCGAGGACUUCUACCGCAAGCUGGGCGUGACGCUGGUGGCGCACCCGCGCGGCGCGCGCACGCCGCCCGCCGGCCGCUCACUCAUCCGCGACCGCGACAAGCAGCCGCCCACCUCCUCCUCCGCCUGCUCCACGCCCACCAACACUCAGCGCACAAAGGACAAGGACUCUGACAAGAGCGAAACGGACAAAAGUGAAAAGGAAGAGAAAUUGGAGAAAACUGAGAAACCCAAGGAGAAAAUCCGGGGAAGCGAUGAAGAAGAUAGCGCGGAUAACCAGCCGCUUAUCACCACUGCUCCUAAGGUGGAAAAGGAAAAAGAGAAAGAGAAGGAAAAAGAAAAAGAAAAGGACAAAGAGAAAGAGAAGGACAAGGAUAACAAGAGCACAACGUCAACAACGACAACGACAAGCGAGGAGAAGAUUGUUGUGAAACCGCGUUCGCAGUCCCGCAACCGCGCGCUGCCCGUCAAGACGGAGGCGCUUGAGAAGCGGACGCCUAAACGACGACCCAUUUCGUCUAAAGAAAGCACAAGCGUCGUCACGCCCCGCGCGUCACGGCGGCCACAUGCAUCCACCGACAGUGAUAGUUCUGGCCGAGCCUCAAGAUGUGGGCCAACAAAGAAAAUGCAGAGCCGCCGCAGCCAGAGCGCUAACUCGGCGAGCAGCGGGAACACCAUCGCCUCCAACAGCAGCAAGCGACCAAGGAAGCGUAAAACUACAGAACCGUCAACAAACGAGCCGCCCCGUGCUGGCAACGUGAAAGCUCAAGUGGGUGACAAGCUAAAAGUGUACUACGGACCCACGCAGUCGGAAUCAAAGGUAAUGAAACCGAAGGUGACGUACGAGGCGAAAGUGAUCGAGAUCUCGUCGGAGGGGAUGCUGCGGGUACAUUAUACGGGGUGGAACACGAGAUACGACGAGUGGAUUAAACCUCAGAGGAUAGCGCUCAAUGUGACGCAGCAUGAGAUGCGAAAUAAGAAGAGCAUAAGUAACAGCAGACGGGUCAGAUCAAAGAGGACAGAAGAAUCAUCGGCUCGCUCUGAUUCGGAUAGCGAUUCAGAUAGCGACGACAACGUGAAACGACCUCCUAAGAAACCUGACGACAAGUCCAAUAUAAAAACUCCCAGGUCUAAAGACGCUAAGUCCAGCGACAGCAGUAGUUCUAGCAAACCUCGCAAAAGGCCAAUCAGGACAGUAUCCACGCCCACUGCUGUUUCUCCUGCCAAGAAACCGCGCCCCAGCUCUUCCACUCACCAAGGUCGGGACUACGACCUCAACGAAAUACGAUCAGAACUUAAAGGACUUCACACAGUCAAGCAGGAAACUGAAGAACCGAUAAAGCAGGAAGUGAUGGAGAAGGAAGCUUCCAGCCCACCCCAAACCACCGCGUCUGCCCCCGAACCAGCUCCGCCAGAGAAACAACCUAAAGACGAAGAUGUUUACGAGUUCAAGGAACCGGAACCGUUUGAACUAGAACUGCAUGAUGAGAAGAAGAAACGAACUCAUAGGAUCUUUGAUGAUAUUUCACCCAGCAAAUACACUUCAACGUUGUCUAAAUCGCUGAGCGAAGAAAUUUCCGAAGAUCCAUUGAAGACCCGAACGACUCCUUUACGUUCACCGUCUCUGUCGCCUUUCAGAGAUUUUGGCUCCACGAGCAACGCGCCUGACCGACAAAGCCCUGAGGAAGAUUCCAAGGAUGGUCUAUUUUCUUUAGACGAAGAUUCCUUCCCUGGCGACGGCAGUUCAGGACAUCGCUUCGAAGGCUUCAUACCUGCAAAGAAUCAAGAAACAUACUCGAAGAAAAGCAAGGUCUCGAAACUUCGGGAACUAAUCGACGAUUCGCCGGAUAGCAGAGCUGACGAUGAACAAUCGUCUGAGGACGAACCUGAGGAUAUAGCUAUAAAAGAAGAAUUAGGAGAACCAAGCUCCAGCUCGGUGCCAACUUCAGAAUCACCAAAAUCUCCAGAACCAGUUAAAGAAUCAUCUAACGAGUCUGAACAAGUUGAAGAUUCAAAAACUGAAAACAAUAUUUUAAGCAUGCUGGGAAAUCCAGAAAAAGAACUAGAGCUUCUAGAAAGUAUUCCAGAGCCUGCGAACACGCCUCCGCCGCUUGUGUUCCCGUUAAUUCAAAUGAAAGACAUACCCAUUCCAAGCACCCCUUCGGAGUCCACGAGUGACAGCACUCCAGAUUCGAAGGAAGAGACCGUAAAGGAGGAAACACCAAUGAUUGAUUUGGAUUCUAUCCCACUUCCAAGUGACGAGCCGAAAGACAAUGUGUUUAAAAUCAACAAGGAACCAAAAGAAAAUAUCUUUAAAACAAAGGAAACAAAAGAAAAAGAACCCAUUAAAGCGAAGGAAUCGAAAGAAAGUACAAUUAAAGUUAAAGAAAUUAAAGAAGUGGAAGUUAAAGAACCCAGUGAAAAUGUACAGAAAUCAAAAGAUGCGAAAGACAGUAUUUUCAAACCUAAAGAUACUAAAGAAACUUCUGUUAAAGCAAAAGAUCCGAAGGACAACGCUUUAAAAUCUAAAGAUCCAAAGGAAAGUACACCUAAACCCAAGGAUCCGAAAGAGAUUGUGCCCAAAUCAAAAGAUACAAAAGAAACAAUUCCUAAACCUAAAGAUAAAGAUCCAAAAGAAACUAUUUUCAAGCCAAAAGAUACUACUGAAAGUGUUUUCAAACCCAAAGAAAACAUUAUUAAAGUCAAUAAGGAUCCGAAAGAAAGUAUUUUCAAAGUCACAAGGGAUCCCAAAGAGAGUUGUUCAAAAACAAAGGAUCCCAUCGAAAGCACGUCGAAACCCAAGGAAGUAAAGGAAGUGCUCAAAGUUAAAAUCGAGCCGUUGAAGAGUUUGGAUCCUGAACCAAAUCCUCCUAAACUAGAACCCCCAUCAAGUCCUCUGAUAGAUACUGAAGAAGACAAAUCGGAGCCGGAUAGUCCGGCGCGAAUCGACGUAAUUCCUGAACCGCCACCCGCCUUCCUCGUACAAUCCGAGGGCCCUAAGAUAGCCGACAAACUACUUAAAGCUAUCAACAGCGCUAAACGGUUGUCCAUGUCUCCACCACCAGUUGAAGACAAAAUAGACAAAGAUAAACCGCGCGCGCUUACACCUAAAACCGACCUUCUCAAAACUAACAAACCGGAAGGCAAACAAUCACCCGUACCGCUAGAAACUAAAACUCCCAAGCAGGACACAAAGCCUUUUACUAAAGAGCCAUUGAAGAAAAUCAGUCCAACAGUCACGGAUUCCAUUUUCGGUGAGCCUUCUAACUUUACCGAUGCGAAACGCGACCUUGCAGACAUCAAAAAAGUCAAGGCGAAAGAACCCUCGCCGCCCAGGUUAUUGAGUCCUUUAAAUAUCCUGGAGCGACGAAAGAGUGUAGCGGAUCUGCCCAUGCCUACGCCGGGCAAGAACAAUAAGGUGCUAAGUGACACUAUACAGAAGCUGUCUAGCCAGAUUAAUUCGAGCCAGGCUGCCGCGGCCAGCAUUCCUUUGCCGCCUUUCCCGGCGGAGGAUAGAAGCGAGUCCAGUGAUUCAGAUGAUUCUGAUAGAAGGUUAAUAAUAGACAAGCUGACAGUAGAGGAAUGGAGCGGCACGGACGCGGCCCGCAGCGCGCUGCACGCGGGCAAGUCGCCCGGCGAGUGGAGCGCCGGCGAGACGCUGCUCAUGCUGGAGGACGCCUGCAAGAACGAGCGCAAACACAGCGCUCGCGUGGUGGUGGCGGGCAGCGCACGCGGGCCGGCGGGUGUAGCCGCCGAGGAGGACAGCAACCUGUCGCUGCUGCUGUGCGAGGAGACCAUCCCCGGCUCGCCCGCGCCCGACGCCGAGCCGCCGCCGCGCCCCGACCUGCACAUGCCCUUCGCCUGCGCGCCGCAACACGCCAACAAAGCAGAAGAACGGCGUGCAGGCUCAGCGCGUUCGCCGGUGGCGGGCGGGGGCGGGGGCGCGCUCGCGGCGGAGGCGGGCGGCGCGCCCGCCGCCUGGGGGCGCCGCGCGCUGCUCGACAACACGCCGCCCACCACGCCCGACAGCAGCCUCGACAUGUCGCCCAUGAGGGAACGGCGCAUUUCGGAGCGAGACAGUCCGAUGGAACGGAAAGAAGACGAAGACGACAGGCGUGAGAAUGACGCCUCUGCCAUGGACAUUGACAAGUCUCAUGCAGGCGCCCGGUCGCGCAAGGCGUCGGAGUCGUCGUGCGCGGGCGGCGCGGGGGGCGCGGGCGCGGGCGCGGGGCGCGGGCGCCGGCGCGCGCGCCGCGACACGGACGACGCGCGCGCCGACCACCCGCCCGACCUCAAGUACAACUUCUUCAUCGAGCUCGACCCGUCAUGGGACUGCCAGACUCGCAUCAACGUGCUGACGACGCGACUCGCGGACCUGCGCAAGGCGUACCACUCGGUGAAGGCCGAGCUCGCCGCCAUCGACCGCCGACGGAAGAAGCUGCGCCGCAAGGAGAGAGAAGCCGUGAAGGCAGCGAAGGCCGCUUGCUCAUGAUGAAGGCAGUAGGAGCCCUGAUCUCAGCCGCCGGCGCCACCACACAGUUCAUUCGUUUUAGAAUGAACGGGCACGCGACCUUGCCUACUACAAGUUACGAUACGUUGAAAAGCUAGAACAUUAGCAUGUAGAAUCUGUAUUGUUAUUAUGGUUAUUAUGCCUAUCUUACAACCUCGUUGUAUGAAUUUUCAUCGUAUCUAAAUCGUAAUUUAUUGUAAUGUUUCGUCUGAAUAAUUUAAAGGCUCGAACGCAUGGUUUGAUGCCGAAGUAUUGUAAUUGUAUGUAUAUGUAAUUUAUAGUUUCGCAAAUGUUACCUCGAAUUAUUUUAUCUAUAUUUUCUACAGGUAUGUGCAUUGAGUUAUUAUUACUAUAAAGCCAUACUAAACAAUUAAAUUGUCGCGAUCGCAAUCUGUACCACGCGACUGAAAUGUCGUAAGCGCGGUAAAAGUCGCUUACGCGUUUAGGUCGCGAGAUUCACGCUCCGCUUCUAUUGUUUGUUAUCAAAACGACAGCAAAUCAUGGCGCAUAAUGGUUCUUUGUACCGGUUCUAUACGUUUAAUAAUAGUUCAAUGGGUAUGUGGGAAUAAGUGAAAGUACAUAUUUAGCAAUAUUGUUAUUGUGCAAUUAUGCGGAAUCAGGACAGAAUAUUGCUUUCAUAAAUAUAUACAUGGACUCGAUGUCAUACAAUAAAUAUGAAAGAAAUACAUUAUUUAUUAUAUUUGAAGACUGAUCGAUCGAAAUAUGGGAUAAAUGUAUUUGACACAUUUUUAUCUAAGGUUUAUAAUAUUUCUUCGAUUUAUUACGUCGUUUAUUUGAAUAUAGACAGUUUUAUUGA